GGAAACAAGUAACACCGAGUGAUAACUAUCGUGUCUCUGGAGUUAACUUCACACACAGUCUGUCACUACUUUGGCGCAGCUUCGCCCGGUCCUCUGCCAGCCUCUCCCAGCCGCCCGUCACAAUGUCCAGGGUCCUCUUGUCACGCUUCACGACAUCCUUGACAUCCUUGAAGCGCAGCAGUGGUCGUCCUCUGCCUCUGGAACCAGUGCUCUGCUCGCUGUAUAAGAUGUCCUUUGGCAGGCAGCUAUCUGGCAUGCAAAGGAUGCCAGGAUCAGCCCCGAUCAGUGGCCUGGGACCAUGGCCCAAAGAUGUGGGCAUCAUUGCCUUGGAGCUGUACUUGCCGUCGCAGUACGUGGACCAGACGGAGCUGGAGCAGGAGGACGGGGUGGCACCCGGUAAAUACACCGUGGGGCUCGGCCAGGACCGCAUGGGCUUCUGCUCGGACCUUGAGGACAUCAACUCUCUGUGCCUCACCGCGGUCCAGAAGCUGAUGGAAAGAAACGGCCUCUCCUACGACAGCGUGGGUCGCCUAGAGGUCGGCACCGAGACCAUCAUCGACAAGUCCAAGUCGGUGAAGACGGUCCUCAUGCAGCUGUUUGAGGACUCUGGUAAUACAGAUGUGGAGGGCAUCGACACCACCAACGCCUGCUACGGGGGCACAGCUGCUCUCUUCAAUGCUGUCAACUGGGUGGAGUCCAGCUCCUGGGAUGGCCGUUAUGCUGUGGUUGUAGCGGGGGACAUUGCUGUUUACGCCUCAGGAAGCGCGCGGCCCACAGGAGGGGCCGGGGCCGUGGCCAUGCUGGUGGGGCCCAACGCUCCUCUGGCUUUUGAACAAGGUCUGAGAGGAACCCACAUGCAGCACGCCUACGACUUCUACAAGCCCGACCUGAUGUCAGAGUAUCCCGUGGUGGACGGAAAGCUGUCCAUCGAGUGCUACCUGAGCGCCUUGGACCGCUGCUACGCUGUGUACCGCAACAAGAUCCACGCUCAGUGGCAGAAAGAGGGCUCAGAGGAGCGCUUCAGCCUGGAGGACUUCGGCUACCUGGUCUUCCACUCUCCGUACUGCAAGCUGGUGCAGAAGUCUCUGGCCAGGCUGAUGCUCAACGACUUCCUGCUCCACCCCAACCCCAACACUGAGACGGGACCCUUCACCGGCCUCGACGCCUUCAGAGACGUGAAGCCAGAGGAGACGUACUUCGACCGGGACGUGGAGAAGGCUUUCUUGAAGGCCAGCACAGAUAUGUUUGAGAAGAAGACCAAGCACUCCCUGCUCGUCUCCAACCAGAACGGAAACAUGUACACGCCCUCGGUCUACGGCUGCCUGGCAUCGCUCAUCGCAACACACAGCGCCUCUCAGAUAGCCGGACAGAGAGUCGGAGUUUUCUCGUACGGCUCAGGGUUCGCUGCCACUCUGUAUUCCAUCAGAGUGACACAGGACCACACGCCAGGAUCUGCUCUGGACAAACUGGUGUCCAGCCUGAGCGACCUGAAGCUGCGUCUGGACUCCAGACAGAAGGUUUCUCCUCCCGUCUUCUCCGAGUGCAUGAAGCUGAGACAGGAGACGCAUCACUUAGCCCCCUACGUCCCCAGCAGCUCUGUGGAGGAUCUGUUCCCCGGGACGUGGUACCUGACCCGAGUGGAUGAGAAGCACCGCAGGGAGUACGCCCGCAGCGCCCCCGGCAUAGAGCUGUCUGCAGAGUCAGAGGGGGUCCGCUCCACCACCGCCACAGAGCAGCACAUCCCCAGUCCAGCCAAGAAGAUGCCUCGUAUCCCAGCAACCCCCGGGGCUCCCAUCAGCAACUGAGAAACUGAGAUCCCCCCCCCCCCCCCCCCCCAAAUCUGAGAGGAGCUCCAACAGUGAGGAGAAAAAACUAGACGACUAGAGGUCAGAAGGCCAGCAGGAGACCAGCGUCACCUCGGAAAACAUUAAAGUUAAUUAUAGUGGAUUCUGUGGACAGACCCCCCAAUCAUUUCUUUUAGCGAUCCUUCAUUUCAAUGCACAGGCAAGAUGUUGUGCAUGAACAGCUGCUGAUCUCCAUGGGAACGAGCACACUUCCUGCUGGUGACAGGAAGAGAAAAUGGACAUGAUUAAAAGAUCAAAGAGAAGUCGGUGUGAAGCCUCUCUCCGCUGCUUCUGUUCAAUACCUCAGUUUUUUUUUAUGAAUGGAAGUGGACCGCAUCAUGUGACCAAACAUCGGGAACAGAGGUACUGGGAGUGAUGCCCCCCCGCCCCCCCCCCCAAUCAAAACCAACAUGUAGCUGAGCUCAUAUGUGAAUGUUAGGAGACCCUCGUCCACACACACACACACACACAUGCUUGUUUACAGGAAGUGAUGAUUUCUAUUUGCCUUUUAAUUGCCAUGAAAUGUCUAAACCCAUUGAUUUGGCCCCGCAUCACGUCAUAAAGCACAUUUUAAUUUGACCAUCCAUGAAACAAAUGGAGCAGAACAUGUUUUUAAUGGGAAUAAUAAUUCUCUUUGCUCGUUUUUAGCAGAGGGCCCCUUACGAGAUAUAGAAUAUACAUGUAUGUCCCUGUGAAUAAUGUGCCACAGCCUAUUUUUUAAACUAUAUAUACAAUAUAUUCGACAUGUAUCUAACAUAUAUGUAAAGUUUAAUAUUUGUUAGAUUAGGAAAAUAAUCAGAGCGAUUUAUAGAUUUAAAAAUAACUAUUUUGGUUAAAAAUAUCACGUUUAUAUCAUACUGGUGUGAAAAAAUUUGCGAUUUUGGAUUUUAAUGUACAUGUUUUAUGGGAACUAAAUUAAUAAUUAGGUUGAAAAAGAUGCCCAGAUGUUUUCCAGAUCACUUUACAACCCUACAUGUAGUUUCCCUCUCACCUCACAUUCAUCCUCUGACGUGGGAAUACAUUGAAGUAGAAACCUCUUUUUAGCCCAAUAUGUUAGUUUAAAAAGUUGUCAUUACAUCAUGUGAAGAAAAGCGCUUCAGCAUCAGUGGGUUUAGACUUUUCCAAACCAUGUCGGGCCACAUUUAAAACUCGCCACCUGUCAGGAAGCAGUGAGAAGAUGCAAUUCAUAUUCAUUCACCUGGUGUUGGAGUCAGUUUCAGAGAGCCCUGCAAUACUCACUACUUCCACCAGGCUCCGUUUGGCCGCUGCUGUGUGAACGUUAUCAUGGUCUUUCUAAUUAGAUUUGAAAUGAGUGCAGACCAAUCCAGAUUACACUCUGAAGGCUACAUGAAGAGUCCUUUGUGUUGCAUCAUUGAUGGUUGAUAUGCAUGUGUGGCAGAGAAUAUGAUCUCUGUGUGUGUCGUUAUCUGACGUCACAUUCACUCAUCCUGAAGCCUUAAUGUGAAAGGGCUGCUUCAGUGAGGUCAGCUUCAUAUCUGACGACAGCAAAUGUUUGUUUUUUUUAAGUCUCAUUGUUGCUUUUCUUCUUGACGACUGCAACAAGAAACCAAAAGGAAGACAUCAGCCUUAUUACAUGAUCCCAGUUGCUCCUGCUGAUGUUGGACUGGAUCCAACGAUCACGGGAUCAGACGGUGAACGUGCAGGUUCUGGAGAAGCCUCUCUAUAAGACUGCAUGAUAACACAAUGCUUCUCCUCUCAUCGUGUACAGAUAUUAUAUGUACAACUGAGUUUUCUUGGUCUGACUGGAACAUUACGUCUGUGUAGGGCCGCCUCUAAGGUCACAUGAUCUUUACUAAUGUUAAUGUACAGCACACACUAAGAUUAUUUAUAUGCUGUGUAGAUAUGAACAGAUUAAUUUUAUCCAGACGGUUUGUAUCAGUGUGUAGAUAUUCAGAAUAAAUGGACAGAACAUG